AUGGGGAAAAUUGCCACAGCUUUGAGUUCAAGACCACAGGGGGAACUCCCUAGCUCUACUGAAGCACCCACUACAUAUGGGGUGAAGAAUGUAGAGACUUGCAAAGUUAUUAAGCUAAGAAGUGGAAAAGAAUGUGAAACACCCCCACGCAAAGAAGCCGGGAACAGUGGAGCCCUGCCUCUUGGAGACAACACUGAAGAAGAAGAAGAAGAAGAAGAAGACGUACCUGCUGAGGAACCGACCUCAGUAGACACUAUAGAAGAUGGAUUUGAUCGAAGGAAGAUGGCUGAAUCAGCCAAGCAACCUCAAGUUAGGACCCCAGUAGUCAAUGAAAAGAAAUUUGUUCUAGAAAGGCCACCUCCUCCUUUUCCUCAAAGGAUUAGGAAGGCAAAAAAGGAGCAACAAUUUGGCAAGAAAUGCUUACUAAAAAGGAAGAGAUUGGGAGAAUUCACCACUGUUGCACUUAAUCAAGAAUGUAGCCAAUUGGUGCAAGGCAAGCUUCCCCCCAAGUUAAAAUAUCCUGGAAGUUUCACUAUACCUUGUAACAUUGGUGAUUCAUUCUGUGGGAAAGCACUAUGUAACCUUGGGGCAAGCAUUAAUCUGACGCCCUUGUCCGUGUUCAAGAAACUAGGGAUAGGCGCAGCUAGGCCUACAACCAUCACUCUGCAGAUGGUAGACAGCAGCAUUUGCUAUCCUCAAGGGAAGAUUGAAGACGUCCUAGUAAGGGUUGAUAGGUUUGUCUUUCUUGCUGACUUCAUCAUAAUGGAUUUUGAUGCUGAUGAAGACAUUCCUAUUCUAUUGGGAAGACCUUUCCUUGCUACUGGAAGAACGUUGAUUAAUGUGGAGAAAGGUGAACUCACUAUGAGGGUAAAUGGUCUAUAA